CCAGCCCGUCGUGAGCUGUCAUUCUGCCUAAAGAAGAGAAAAUUGCACAGCAUCUCUGUGCAGAGGAGUGGGAGAUUCGGGCAAGAAAUAUGCAAUGAAACGCAUCAUUCGUCGCCAUCGACUGUGUGUUUUCUAGUGAAAUGGAGGAGAGGGAUUGUCGCAGGGCGGAUUUACUGUGCGAUCGCCGUGGAACUCUCCUGCCCCUUCGUGAAUGAGAAAUGCCGACUCCUUUCAGCUAUUGGUGUUAACGCAGAGAAAAACACAAAAUGAAGAAGCAAUUCAAUCGGAUGCGACAGCUCGCCAACCAAACCGUUGGCAGGGCAGAGAAAACAGAAGUUUUAAGUGAUGAUCUGCUUCAGGUGGAGAAGAGGUUGGAACUGGUGAAGCAGGUUUCCCACAGCACCCACAAGAAGCUGAGCGCCUGCCUGCAGGGCCAACAGGGGCCUGACGUGGACAAGAGGUCGGUCAGGUCGCCCUCGAAAAAGCUGCCGCUGACCACGUUGGCCCAGUGCCUGGUGGACGGUGCCUUGGUGCUUGGAGACGACUCCCUCCUGGGGAAGAUGUUGAAGCUGUGUGGGGAGACGGAGGACAGGCUGGCCCAGGAGCUCAUUCUGUUCGAAUUCCAGAUGGAGCGGGACGUCAUCGAGCCCCUCUAUGUACUCGCCGAGGUGGAGAUCCCCAACAUCCAGAAGCAGCGGAAGCAUCUAGCGAAGCUGGUGCUAGACAUGGACUCGGCCCGUACGCGGUGGCAUCAGUCUUCCAAGUCCUCAGGUGUGUCCAGCAACCAGCAGCCGGCGGGGGCCAAAGCCGACGCCCUCAGGGAGGAGAUGGAAGAGACUGCCAAUCGCAUGGAGAUCUGCAGGGAUCAGCUAUCAGCAGACAUGUACAGCUUUGUGGCCAAAGAAAUCGACUAUGCAAGCUACUUUCAGACUCUAAUAGAGAUCCAGGCUGAGUACCACAGGAAGUCACUGGAGCUGCUUCAGAGCGUCCUGCCGCAGAUCAAAGCUCAUCAGGAGGCGUGGGUGGAGAAGCCGUGUUACGGGAAGCCCCUGGAAGAGCAUCUGACCAUCAGUGGACGUGAGAUCGCCUUCCCCAUCGAGGCCUGCGUCACCAUGCUUCUGGAGUGUGGUCUGCAGGAGGAGGGCUUGUUCAGAGUGGCUCCAUCGGCCUCCAAGCUAAAGAAGCUGAAGGCGUCCCUGGACUGUGGGGUGUUGGACGUGCAGGAAUACUCUGCUGACCCCCAUGCCAUUGCAGGAGCGCUGAAGUCCUACCUGCGAGAACUUCCAGAACCACUCAUGACCUUUGACCUCUAUGAGGAAUGGAUUCAAGCUUCCAACAUUCAAGAUCAAGACAAGAGGCUGCAAGCUCUGCUCACCGCCUGCGAGAAGCUUCCCACAGCCAACAGCAACAACUUCAGAUACCUGAUAAAAUUCCUAGCCAAGCUGAAUGAGUACCAGGACGUGAAUAAAAUGACAGCAGGGAACAUGGCCAUCGUGCUGGGACCAAACCUGCUGUGGACGCAUGCUGAGGGGAACAUCACAGAGAUGAUGACCACGGUGUCCCUGCAGAUCGUGGGCAUCAUCGAGCCCAUCAUCCAGCAUGCUGACUGGUUCUUCCCUGGAGAGAUUGAGUUCAACGUGACAGGCAAUUAUGGCAGCCCCAUCCACACCAACCACAACGCCAACUACAGCUCCAUGCCCUCGCCUGACAUGGACCACUCUGAUCGCAAGCACGACCAAGGCCGACGCCCCCUCAGUGUCGCCACUGACAACAUGAUGCUGGAGUUUUACAAGAAAGAUGGCAUUAGGAAAAUACAAAGCAUGGGCGUCCGGGUGAUGGACACGUCUUGGGUGUCACGCAGGGGCUCGUCCUCAGCACGCAAGGCGUCCUCCACCCCUCCGGGGGCCCAGACUCCUGCUCCGCCCACCGACUCGCUCAUCCCUGAGCAGCCGGAUGAGCUCUCUGCCACCCCCUCCCCUGCUACCCCCGCUAGCAGCGACCGGGCCAGCAGAGCCGUGUCGUCCGUGUGGUUGGACUCCCGUUACGCCCGCCCCCCCGCUGGGGAGGAGAGCCCGCCCCCUCCCAGCCAUUCCUCCUCUUUCCCCGCCUCCUUCCCUGACCCUGCCCCCCAGCAUUCCUAUGCCCCAGCACCCCCCCUUGCAUACCCUGUGCCCACUGCGCCCCCCCCACCUCUCUGCCACUGGGCUUGCUCUGGCGCCCCCCCGUCUUCUCCGCAGCUUGACAUCAACUCCAACCCCAAACCUACCUCCCUGCCCCUCCCCAAGCAGGACCCGAUCCCUGAGGUGGCACCUGCCCCCCCUGUGUUAAUUCCUCAUGACCCCCUCCCCAGAGACCCCACUAACUGCCCCCUGCCCACCCCCCCACCAUGGGCCACCUGUGUCAAAGAGCGAGGAGCCAAGCUGACUAGUACCCUGAAGAACAAAGAGCUCUCUCCUUCGUUUGGGCAGAAAGGCAUCCAGGGGCCGGGCCCCAGUGGUAAUGCAGCCAGUAGCGGGCAGGCACAGCUGACCACUGAGCAGAGCCCUCACACCUUGCGCAAAGCAGUAUGUCGGAAGCUGGUCCCCGUCCCUCCCAAAGUCCCAUUCUGCCCGUCGGGGGCAGUGUCCGAUCAGUCUACGGGGCAGCCGUCCCCGGUCAGCUUGUCCCCCACCCCUCCCAACACGCCCUCCCCUUACGGCUUCGGAUACCCCCAGGGCUACGCCACCGUCUCCUCCCCGGGUCAGGCUUCCCCAGCCACGCCCACAUCCCUGUCCUCACCCCCCUCACUGAGCGGCACGCUCACCAAAUCCCGGGCCGCGGCCAAGCCCCGGCAGCGGCCUAGCCUGCCCCCCCCGCCACAGCCGCCCACCGCCCCCGGCUCCAGUCCCCAGUCCUUGGAGCACGGCCUGCUGGACGGACUGUCCUCCGGGGAGAGCAUGUCCACAGACUCUCUCCUUGAGCCGGAUCACCCCCCUGUUUACGCUGACCCGGAUGGCCCCCACAAUAAGCACAAGGCCGCCCCCUCUGGAGACUCGGCACCGAUGGCAGCGGGACAGACCAGGAGGGCGGAGUCUGAGGAGGAGUCGGAGAGCACGGUGCUAUGACGGCGCCAAGAACCGCCCCCCUGCUGGCAAUCAACCAAUCAUGGCCCCCCUCCCCCCCCCACAAACUUACCGGCUCUCCUGCUCUCCUCCUCCGCCUCCUCCUCGUCCCGCAGCUGAGUAGGAGGCUGUCGGAUUCCGGAUGCUGCCCCUCACCCCCUGGACGAGCCUCCCUAAAGUACCGCUCCACAAACCCACCUCCCCAGGCUACUACUGGGUCUCUCUCUACUGACUGCAAAGGAGCUCGUGUCUGUAGAUAAUGUUAAAAGAACAGAAUAUAUGAGUAUAUUUACACUGGGACCUGCGAAAACAGGAGCGAAAGCCCAUGUGACAGGAGUGUUGUCUAUAGCUACCGCAUGGUCAUUUUUUUAAACAUUUUUAUCGUUUUUCAAAUUUUCUUUCUCGACAUUGUCAUCCUCGCCUGCGUCCCAGUGUCAAACUCUAAGUUGCCCGCUGCACCAAUGAGCAGGACCCCCGUCAAUUCACAUCAGCUCCCCAGCCAGCACUGGUCGCCAUGGGGGGUGGUGAUAUGCACCCCCCCACGGUGAGGCCCCGUUCCGGUUGAGUCCAUCUCCAUCACAGCAAGCAGCUCACAUUCUGUGCCUCUGAGUAGAAGAUAAAAAAGAUAGAUUUAUAAUAUUAUAUAAGCUAUAUAUGUCAUAUUAUUUUUAGAAAUCAGUUUAAUAUAUUUAAAAAUAUAUCUAUAAAAUACAUAUAUAACAGCACAUUUAUAAGCGAAAAUUGAUAUGGAACCUCCCCCUGUCUGCUCAGACCCAAUGACACGUUCUCUGUGGGGCGUGGUCAGCAUGUGGGGCGUGGUCAUGCCACAGAGGUGUGGCUAGAGCACAUGUUCUCUAAUCACUGAGGAGACUGAACAAAAAUCCAUCCUAGUGACCAAAAUCAGAGUGGUGACGUGAAUAUAUAUAUAUAUAUAUAUAUAUAAUAUGGAAAGUAUUCUUUAAAAAUGACAAUUAUUAAUGAAAUUAUUAUACAAGAUGAGAUUUUACUGAUUUUAUUCCUUUAGGAAAUAUUUUCAUUAAAUAUAGAUGUGAAACCGUCAAGAGACACAUAUCCAUUGUAGGGUUAACUGGAGCCUCCAGACCCCAACUCCUGGGGACCUGACCCCGAGCCGGAGGCUGGAAGGGGCUGUGAGUCGGGGGCGGAAUGCCUGCCGCUACCUGACAGCGAUAAGCCUGACCCCACGACGCGCAAUUUCAAAUACUGAAAAGUCCUGCUGUAAAUACUUAACACUGUACAUACGUGUGUGUAUAUGCAUAGCUGGAAUAACCUAACAGGCAAACAUACAUGUAAACACACACCACGUGAAGGUUAAUGUAGGAUCUCUGGAUUUCCUGUUUUUAUCCUCUCAUCUUGGCAACUUUUCAAAGACAAAGGAUUCUUUUUAAUCCAUCUUUAGGGCCAAAUGAGUCAAAACGCAGGAAAGGUACUGACAAGGUGUUUGUAUUUUGAAAGCUUGCAGAGGGCUUGGGUACAGGGUGCUGACUAAACAGGGUGACCCCCCCUCCCCCCAUGCUCAUGCAUGCCACCACGCACCAUCCCGCCCCCCUCUUCCCCAACCCCUUCCCCCCACACAAUUCCUUAGCCUGGGCAAGGUGAACACAAAUGCGGAGGAAUGUCAUUAUUGCUGCCACCAGAGGGAGCUCUUUCAAAAGUUAUGGGCUUGUGAUGAAGAGGGUAGCCAUUCUGUAAAAGCCCUGUACUCAUCAAACUGUUUUAUGAGUCACGUUCGAAGUGAUUUGCUAACAGGGUUUUAUUUCGGUCCUCCAGUCACCUGAGAAAGCAAUAACGUUCAAUCCAGGCCAGACCCAAUGAUGAGAACUUCCAAAACAGAAAGUAACUACAGAUUAAAGUGCAAUUACAACAUUUUUCAUGGACAACCUCAGUAAACUGGAUGACAGAAGGCAUGGAACCUGAUGUGAGCACUCUGUUCGCUCCUUUCUGGUUACCCAGAAUCCUCCUUGUUUUUAAAGAGCCGUGUGAGAUACUAUAUGAAAACCAUGUUGAUGUUAGUGCUGAUGAUGUGUAUCCUUGCAUUGCUGGUGGGUGUGCUUACUGUGACAGUCAAUCCGGUUAUCAUCUGGUGUGAUGGUUUGUUCGCUGUUCUGUAAAGGGUUGUUUGAUUACAUUGUUAACUCCCCCCCCCCCAAAAAAAAAAGAGGUAAUGUUUUAUAGAAUGAUCUUUUAGCAAAUGCUCAGGCCAGCCCUUAACUGUUGGAGAAAUGUCUUUUUUUGUGAUGAACUCCCAUUAGAGGGUCUGAGUAAGGUCAUGUGAUGUCAUCGCUCAGCCCUGAUUGGUUCGCAGGAUAAAGUGAAGGAGGGUAGCUGGGCUAGCACGGGUAUGGAGUUUCCCUGACUACGUAUUCCGAGUUGGGGCAGCAGCGACGACCGCUCUCUCAUGACCCCUGCUGGUCACAAACAGUCACUCCACUAAAUAUUAAAAAAUUGCUUUCCUCAAUUAGGAGAUGCUGAAGCAGCAUGUUCUGCUAACCAGCUAGCUAUGGUCUUCUGACACACUAUUACAUUAUUACAGCUAGCUAUUAUUGCAUUUGGGGGGGGGGGACCCAGAAACAGCAGAGCCGCUCCUGCAGUUGGGAGCCUUCCCAUGAUGCUCUGCAUGUCCGCUCGCUGACAGUCGGUCCUUUAAUAAUCUGAUUUUGACUGAAGGCAAAGCUGGUUGCCUCACAGUCAGACUCCAGGAGACCCACCUAGUGUGACAGGAAAGAGCAGGGAGAUGGCUCCUACUGGGGGAAGACUGGCUUGUUGUGUGUGUGCAUGCAUGUUCGAGUGCAUUGGCGAGGGUUAAAAACCCUACAGACUUACACGCAGCCAGACAUAGGGGCCGCUACCGAAGACCCAGGUGUCAAAUCACUGAACCGGGUGUCUAAACACAGAAUACCCAGAGAUUGGUGCUGUCAAGUCAGCUGACAUGAGGCGGCUGCCAAUCAAAGUGGGUCUUACAGUGAGGUCAGCUGAUAAGGUGCGGCUGCCAAUCAAAGUGGGUCUUACAGUGAGGUCAGCUGACAUGGUGCAGCUACAAAUCAAAGUGGAUCUUAAGCAAGGUCAAUGGACAUGGUCCAUCUGCCAAUUAAAAUGGGCCAUACAGUGAGGUCAGCUGACAUGAUCCAUCUGCCAGUCAAAAUGGGCUAUACAGUGAGGUCAGCUGACAUGGAGUCUUUUCUGUGCAGUUUCAUUGGAAUCCAGGGUCUUCACAAUCAGCCAGUCUUUUUCCAGUAACCUGCAUACAAGCCCCCGCCCCUCCUUCUGCACCAGAAACUGAAAGCACGGGUCACAAGAUCUCUCUGUAGAUGCUGUACGUAACAGUGAGGUGCAUGCUGGGACUGUACAGGUGCUCAGUCUGGACGCUGCUCUGUCCUUUGUUGGGGGCUAUUUCGGGGGAUCCUCUGUACUAUACCCUGGGGUGCUGAGUGGUGGGGGUACCUCUGACACCCCUGACCCCCCCCCCCCGACACGCCCACGGCCCAGCCUCUGUGUACCACUCCAUCGGUCCU